GCCAGUAAAGCAAUGAAAUUGUGACGAAAAUUGAUUUAAAACGUAAAAUAUACAUGAUCCAGUUAUAUAACUAUACAAAACGGACAAUAUACAUAAUAUCUAUUGGUUUGUUGGGGCAUUCGCCCCAUACAUAAACAGUGGUCAACAGUGGUACGUGAACGAGAAUAAAAAUUUAUGAGAAGGAAUUGGGAUACUUGUAAUUAUGGGCACAAAGGAGUCCAAACAUGCCUGCAUCAGUUACGAGGAUGCGGUUAAGCGUGUUUCUGAAGCCGAACUACGACGCCUAAAAGAUGCCUUUAAAAAAUCGGCCGGAGUCGGACGACUCUAUCUCAGCCGAAAUGCAUUCCAGCAGGAUGUCCUAUGCGAGGGUGUGCCGCCAAAAGUCACUGAUAUGUUAUAUGCCGCCUGCGGUGGCACACAGCGCGGCAUAUCCUUUAAAGAUCUGCUCUGUGGACUGGUCCUGAUCACACGCGGCACGCCAGAGGAGAAAACCAAGUUUUUGUGGAAUUUGUAUUGCAACGAUGCGGGCACCUAUAUCAUCCGUUCUGACUACGUUCGCAAUGUUAAUCUGCCGCAAAUCGAGACCGUGUCGCUGUUUGCUCAAAGCGAACGCGUCAGUUUCGAUCAGUUUCAGGACUGGAUUUCGAAGCAUCGCAAUGCAACCAUGCUGUCCAAAUGGCUGUUGGCCGACAAUUGUGUCAGUCUAACGUCAGAGCUGGAGACGCCCACGUUCUAUCAAAGCUUGGCGGGUGUCACACAUUUGGAAGAGAAGGACAUUGGCGAUUUGGAGAAAGAAUUUUGGCGUUUGAAGAACACCUCGCAAAAUGGCCAAAUUGAUUUUCAAUUUCUGGGUCCACUCAUUAGUCCGCCCAUACCAAAGAACGCAUUGGCCGGUCUAUUUAAUGCCUUCGAUGAGAAUCGCGAUGGUCACAUUGACUUCAAGGAGCUGUGCUGUGGUGUCAGCGCAGCGUGUCGCGGACCGGGUGUGGAACGCACGCGCUUCUGCUUCAAGAUCUUCGAUGUGGAUCGUGACGGCAUGCUUAGCCAUGAGGAGACUCUGCAAAUGAUCAACGUACUACUGUUUGUGGCCAAGGAGAAUCGUGACGCGCAUCAGUAUAAGGAGCUGACAAAGCAGCAUGUCAUUAACGACCUGCUGGAGUUCGCGCAGCGCAAAAGCAUGGAUGCCGCAGUUGCUGGCGGCAGCAGCAACAGCAGUGUCGCUGUAAACUGCAGCAUCACCCGCGAUAAUGUCUCGCUUACAGCCGAGGAUUUCAUGCUGUGGAACGUGCAGGGCGGCUUGCGGCUUAUGCAGCCGUUUCUCGAUCUCAUCUUCGAGCUGUGCCACAUUGUCUUCGGGCUUUGGCCUCAGUGCAAGCACAUGGAGAACGACAUUGUGCGCGGCUGGCUGCGACGCGAGGAACGACGUCAGUACCGAGUCGGCCAAUUCUGGUAUCUGAUAUCACGUGAUUGGUGGCUCAACUGGAUGCAGUAUACACAGCAUACGUCGCACACCUGUGAAUAUUGCAAGCGCAGUGCCAGUCAGCGCAACUCCCAGGCGGUUACCAAUGCCAUUGAUGAGGCGCUUGUUUGCGAUGAGAGCUUCAAUACCCACAGCCUGGACUCCACAACAACCACAGCGGCUCACGACAACUACUCCCUGGGCUCCGCCAGCAGCGGCAUAUCCGCUGGUCGCCAUUGUGGUCAAAUAAGACCAGGGCCUAUCGACAAUAGCAAUCUGAUUACGGCCAAUCCAUAUAAGAAUGUGCGCACGCUGACUGGUGAGGGCGGGCAUUUAAAACGGGACACACCCCUGGUUCAGAGUCACGACUUCGAGUUGGUGCCCAAAUCUUUGUGGAAGGCUCUAAAUCGCUGGUAUGGCGAUAAUUUACCACUGCCCCGUCAGGUGAUACAACCGCCGAACUCGGAGGUAGAACUGGAGCUAUAUCCGCUGAACUUACGCAUAUUAUUGCAUCAAGUGCAGCCCACACAAUCGGUAGGAAGUGGCGGCGCAAUCGGCGGCACACAGCUUAAUAGCUGGGGCAGCGUAACGGGCAGUUAUGGAGUGAUAGCCUCAGGCGGCGGCUAUGCGGCUAUUGCAGCCAGCAGUGUGUUGCAGCCGCCAAAGCGAUAUUUGGCCUACACGGCCGCGUUCAGUCGUUUGGCGACGGUGCGUCAGGUGGGUGAGUUCCUGUGCGAUCAGCUGCGGCUCAAAUCGGAGGACAUCAGGCUGUGGCAUGUGCCCCCGCAGGGACUCGCAUUGGACAGCAAUGCCACUUUACUGGAGGAGGAUUCAAUGAAUCUGAGUGAGCUGCUGAUACGCGACAAUGAUCAACUUCUGCUGGAGAUACGCAAUAAGGAUCUAACAUGGCCCGAAGAACUAGGCUCAUUGUCUUUGGCCAAUGGACAGAGCUACACCGGAGCCGCUGGCGAGCGGCGUCUGACACGCAGCUCCAUUAUGUCAGUGCAUGCGCCAGGAGCCACGGGGCUGCACAAUCUGGGCAACACGUGCUUCAUGAAUGCGGCACUGCAGGUGCUCUUCAAUACGCAACCACUGGCUCAGUAUUUCCACCGCAAUAUGCACCACUUCGAGCUGAAUUCGGAUAAUAAGUUGGGGACACGUGGCCAAUUGGCCAUGCGCUAUGCCGAGCUACUCAAAGAGGUGUGGACGGCAACUACGCGAUCGGUGGCGCCUCUCAAGUUGCGCUUCUGUGUCAACAAGCAUGCGCCUCAGUUUGCCGGUGGUGGUCAGCAUGAUACGCAAGAACUGCUCGAGUGGUUUCUGGAUGCCUUGCACGAAGAUCUAAAUCGAGUAAUGGAGAAGCCAUACAGUGAGUUGAAGGACUCGAAUGGACGACCGGAUAAAAUUGUCGCCGCUGAAGCUUGGGCCCAGCAUCAUGCCCGCAAUCAAUCAAUAAUCAUCGAUCUGUUUUAUGGGCAGCUUAAGUCAAAGGUUAGCUGCCAGGGCUGUGGCCUCGAGUCCGUACGAUUCGAUCCAUUCAGUCUGCUCAGCCUGCCCUUGCCAGUGGAGAACUAUGUGUACUUUGAGGUGUUAGUAAUUCUACUCGACGGCAGCGUACCCAUUAAGUAUGGGUUACGGCUUAAUUCGGACUGCAAAUACAACGAUCUGAAGCACAAGCUGGCUACUCUGUGCUACCUCCAGCCCAACUUCAUGCUUGUCUGCGAGCUGUGGAACUCGCAGAUACGGCAAAUACUACCCGAUGAAGAGAAGUUGCAUACCCAAGGUGCCAAGAAUCUGUACGUUUAUCAGUUGCCUGAACAGAGCAACGCUCGAACGCGAUCUAAUUCCACAAUUAGCAUGCACAUCGAACAGGGUCUCAAGGACAUACAGCGCAGUUCAGCUUUAAUUACGGCCCAGGACUCCUUCUCCUCGCUGAGCACACUCCAAACGCAAACGAACAAAACUUCAUACAGCAGCAGCAAUCGAGAGGGGCGCGCCCUUUGUAAUGGACACGUUAGUACGGGUGGGGACCACAAUGAUAACCACAGUCCGAUUGAUGGCGAUGCUGAGGCGUUGGCUGGCGGCGACGGUGUGGUUCAUCGCUUUAGCAGCGGCAAUAGUAGCAACAACAAUAACAACAGCUCACACGAAAUGCUGCACGAUGAUGCCGGAAAGGUAAGCCGGUGCUUUGGAAAGAGAGAGUGCAUGCCCCACAGCCUUUUUUGCUUCAAGCAGGAGUCGGUGAUUCUGAGCUGUAGUCCAGAGAACAAUUUUAUGCAAGGCACGGUCACACAACAGAAAUGGGUCUCGUCCACAAAAUUGCUACACACGGAGAGCAAUACGAGCUCUACGUCCUACACAAAUCACUCUGGUGAGAACUCCAUGGAGAGCUCCCUAACGGAGCCCAUGCCUGUGGACCUGGCCACGGCAUCUGAAGGGCCAACGAGAAGACAUGGCAGCGAUGAUUAUUCAGCAUCGUAUCGCAUAACCCACGCCAAAACUGGGGGGAACAGCAUCAGCAACGAGGACACCGGCCCAGGCGAGGAGGAUGAGGAGGAGCAACACAUAACCACCUCGCAGCCAGAGAGCACCAGCAUCAAUCAGACCAGCAGUGGCGUCUACUCUCGUCGCUCUUCCCAGCCAUACAAAGUGGGCAAAUACCUGGUGGCCGUGCAUCGCAAAAUAACGAGGCACGACAGCUACUUCCUCUCCUACCACAAGACGCGACCCAGUCUGUUUGGAGUGCCGCUCCUUAUACCCAACUGUGAUGGAGGCACACACAAGGACUUGUACUGUGCCGUUUGGCUGCAGGUCAGUCGGCUGUUGAGUCCACUGCCCGCUACGACCGAGCAGGCCAACCAUGCAGCAGAUUGCGACGACAGCCUUGGCUACGAUUUUCCAUUUACGUUACGCGCCGUCAAGGCCGACGGUCUCACCUGUGCCAUUUGCCCGUGGUCAAAAUUUUGCCGAGGCUGCGAGAUACGCUGCAACAACGAAUUUGUGAUGCAAGGCGCUCUCCCGCCGAUCAGCGCUAUAACCAGCAAUACGGCCACACUAAGCAUGAAUGCAAAGUGUCCAUCGCUACCGAAUCUGGAGGUGAAACGCCCACCCGAGUAUACCACAUCACUCUCCUAUACGCCCACAACAAAAUACUUUGAAGACUUUACAAUUGCCAUCGAUUGGGAUCCAACCGCGCUGCAUUUGCGAUAUCAAAGCACAUUGGAACGCCUUUGGGUCGAUCACGAGACCGUUGCCAUAUGUCGCCGGGAACAGGUGGAACCGGUGGACUUAAAUCAUUGCCUGCGCGCAUUUACCUCCGAAGAAAAACUGGAGCAGUGGUAUCACUGCAGCCAUUGCAAGGGCAAGAAACCGGCAACGAAAAAGUUGCAAAUAUGGAAGCUACCGCCCAUAUUGAUCGUGCACUUAAAACGCUUUAAUUGUGUAAACGGCAAGUGGGUGAAAUCACAGAAAGUGGUGCACUUUCCGUUCGAUGACUUCGAUCCCACCCCCUACUUGGCUUCCGUUCCCCAAGAGACAAUACUUCGCCACAAGGAGCUGCUGGAGAUGCAAAUUGAUGCAGAGCAGCAUGCGGCACUCACAGCCAACAAUACAGUUAACGAAGUGGACGAGACUGAUUCGGGAAGCAAGUUGGAUAUCGACAAACUUCCGAUACAAUCGAAAGAGCCCGAGCCAGUGGCAGCCACGACGAACACAAUAUUGCGGCAAACUAAAUCAAAUAAUGCUGCCAAACGGCAGCGUCUCAUCUCGACGAGCCUUACAAAGACGCCCAUUGUCGAUGGGGAAUUCGAGGAUUAUCAUCAGCACAAACUUAAAGCGGAUGUGGAUGAAUUCGAUCCCAAAUACAAGCUUUAUGCCGUGGUGUCGCACUCCGGUAUGCUAAACGGUGGCCAUUAUAUUUCCUAUGCGUCAAACGCAACUGGUUCCUGGUAUUGUUACAACGACAGCUCCUGCCGUGAGAUAUCUCAGCAGCCAGUCAUAGAUCCUAGUGCGGCCUAUUUGCUGUUCUAUGAGCGCAAGGGACUGGACUACGAGCCGUAUUUGCCCAACACCGAGGGACGGGUACUUCCGAAUGCGGCCAAUUUGCAGUUGGAUGUGGACGAGACUGAGGGAGAGCUAAAGAAGCUGUGCACGUUAUCGUAAUUGAUGCUAAGACCGUAGCUAAAUGGCUAAAUAUGUGGCAUUGGCAAGGCCUGAAUACUAUUAUGCUUUGUUUAAGUUUUCCUUUAUUGUGUUUUGUUGCCACAUAUUGUAAUUUGUUAUUUACUAUUCUAAGUAUGUAUUUAUCUUUAAGUUGGCUUAAAAGUCUUAGUUGAAUUUUGUUUGUCAAAGUUUUCAGAUUCAUUUGAAAAUAAUUUGGUGGCACUCACACAGCUUCGCAAUGUGAUUUUGUUUAAAUAAUGUAAUAUUAUUUAUGCAUGCGAUUUGUUACUGUUCUUUAUUUGCAACAAUUACACAUACUUUUUAUUUUUUUGUGUUUGUAUGCAUUUCCUCUUUUGUUUUGCAUUUGUGAAAUCAUAUUAUGUGCCGCUUCCAUUUUGUUGAUAUAUAAUGAAUGUUAUGUAUUUUAUUCCAUUUGCUGGUAAUUAAUGUAAAUAGCUAAUGAAAAAACGAGGAGAGAAAUUUGUGAAAGGCGGCGAGUGCUCGUAUAAAUUUGUAGAAACUUUGAUAUUACAUAAUUAGCAAUAGCAAGACGUUACGAAUUUCUACAAGAACUUGUAUUCAAGAGUUGCUUGUCGUCUACUCAUUCGUAUUAUAUGUUGUAUGUACAAUAUAUAUAUAUUUAAGUAUGUGUUUUGCAACGCAUCGAAAUUGGCUUUGAAAUUAGUAUUGCGCUUAAAAAUUCAUUAUGUAUUUGAUAUUUACAAAUUAUACAAUUAAAGAUAAUUAAUUUAUAUAAUUAAACAUACAU